CCACCAAACUAGCACCAUUUGAGAGCUCAACGGUCACCUCCAUUGUGCCUGUCUCUCCUCUCCAAGCUAGUCAUUCCUCUCCAAAUCCCCCGACUCUCAACACCGCAAUAAUGUCCAACUCUCGUGGCCUCCCCGAUGUCUUGAUGACAAAGGUUGACGAGUAUGUUGACUCGCUCGCUCCACAGAUUCAACCCCGCAUCGCGUCUGAGAUCGACACCUUCCAGACGAGAACCAUUGAUAGUCUUGAGGACCAGGUUGUUGACGCCUUUCGUUCACUCUUCAACAAGGAUAAGAACUCUGGCGAUGGCUCGAGAGGACUGAACGACACACCACCCGAUGCCUACGGCAUCCAAUCCCUGCCCUUCGCCGACGAGAUUGGCAAGCUCACCCGCAGCUUCAGCGUCAUCACAGACGAAGCAGGAGAUGACCUACGAGACAUCUUCAACCUCACCGACGAGGCCCGCGGAGGAGGAGGUGGCGGUCCCGAGACCCAAUCCCGCGGCAUCAGCCACAGCGACUCAUUCGGCGGGGCAAAGGGCUUCCUCUCCUCCGCCAUCAACGUCGUCCAGGACCAUCUAGAGAAAAACAAGGGCUCAGGCGGCGGCGGCGGCCAGGGCUUCGAGCUCGACGGCCUCCUCGGCGUUCUCAGCAAUACCGUCAAGGACGCUGCGCGGAACCCCGAGGAGAAGGCUCGCGUCAUCAGCCCUGAGAUCAAGGAGAAGGUCGGCAUGAAGCUGAGGGAGCAGCACGCGCCUAUUGCGGAGCAGUUCACUAAGAUUGCGCUGGAGCACAUCAAGCGCUGGCUGCGCGGCAACACGAGCACGCGGGACCUCGGCGACGGCGUCAAGGGUGAGAUUGAGGACCAGGUCAAGGAUUUGGUUAAGGGGCUUGGUGGCCUGUUUGGAAACAAGAAGAGCUCGCAAGAGGGUAGCCGUGCUAUCGGUGAUCGCGACGGUCCCGAGGGUGAAGGCGAGAGGGGUGGCUUCUCCAAGGUCAUUAGCGACAAGCUCAGCACGGGUCUGGCAAAGGUACACAGGGAAGUCCGUCUGGAGUUCCGCAAGAUCCUCGGCGCCAUCGAGAAGCAGCUCUUUGAGAUCCUGCCGGACGCCUUCCAGCGACCACUGGAGAAGAUUCUGGGCGGAAACCCAUUCGACUCUCAGCUCGACCACGACGCUGGCGGUCACGCGGACCGCGGGUUCGGAGAUGACAUCAAGGUGAAGCUGGUCAACAAGAUCCGAGCCCUGGUCCGCAAGGUGCAGGAGACGCUGCGCGAGAGCAUCCUCGGCGUCGUCAACGGUGGCCACCGCAAGUUUGAGCGCGAGAGCUGGGUGUUUGUGCAGAACAUUGUCGAGCAAAAGGUGCAAAAGUACCUUCCCAAGGUCAAGAUCAAUGUUCCGGAUGAUAUUGGCAAUGAGAAUGUUAGCGUUGGUGCACCCACGGCGGGAUCGCAGCUCGGUGGUGAGCAUCACUCGGGUCAGUCCCAGGGCCAGGGCCAGAACCAGAACUACGGCCAGAGCCAGAACUACAAUCAGAAUUACAACCAAAACCAGAACCAAGCUUACGACCACAGCCAGGGUCAGAACUACGCAGGAAACCAGAGCCACGGAGGGAACCAAGGUCAUGAGAGCGGCCAAGGCUACGGUGGAAACCAGGGCUAUCAACAGAACCAGGGGUACGGCGAGAACCCGCGUUACUAAAACGUCCUAGGCAUAGGAGACAAAGUCCAACGGCAUCAGAGGGAAUUUGCAUUUGGACAAGGAAAAGGAUAUCAUCGGGGCUAGAUUGAUCCAUAAGCGGCCAUUUUGCCCUGAUAGCUCAAGCUAACGAAUCAUGAAAAGAAACCCACCGAAUCGCACCUUCGUGAC